UCGUGUGCCAAGGGUUAUGGGCAGCAUUUCUGUGUCUAAUUGUUUUCUUCUCUUCCUGAAACAAAGCAGAGUAACAGAAGAUCUGAUCAGACACAUGGGUUUUGCAAUAGCAAUGUGGGAACAUGGCCACUAAGAAAUUAAGAAGAGCAGGGUUAUCUCAGGAACUUUGUGACAGGCUGAGUCGGCAUCAGAUCACUACCUGUCGGGACUUUCUGUGUCUUUCACUCUUGGAGUUAAUGAAAGUGACCGGGCAAAGUUAUUGGAAUGUACAGAAACUUCUUUGCAAAGUCAGCUUAGCUUGUGCUCCCAAAAUGCAGACUGCUUAUGAGAUGAAAAUGAAAAGGGCUAUCAAUCCAUCCUCAGCCUUCUUCCCCACUACCCUAGAUGGUUUGGAUAAAGCCCUGCAUGGUGGAGUGGCCUGUGGAUCCCUCACAGAGGUAACUGGCCCAUCGGGUUGUGGCAAAACUCAGUUUUGUCUUAUGAUGAGUGUACUGGCUACUCUGCCUAUCAGCAUGGGAGGACUAGAUGGGGCUGUCAUAUACAUUGACACAGAGUCUGCAUUUGGUGCUGAAAGGUUGGUUGAGAUAGCAGAACACCGUUUCCCUAAUUAUUUUGGCACAGAAGAAAAGUUGUUUUCAAUGACCCGUAGCAUUCAUCUCUAUCGGGAGCUCACCUGUGACAGUGUGCUGAAAAGGAUUGAGACUUUGGAAGAAGAAAUCAUUUCUAAGAAGGUUAAGCUUGUAAUAAUUGACUCUGUUGCUUCAGUGGUCAGAAAGGAGUUUGAUAUGAAACUUCAAGGAAACUUGAUGGAGAGAAGUAACUUUCUGGCUAGAGAAGCAUCGUUAUUGAAGUACUUGGCUGAGGAAUUUUCAAUACCAGUUAUCUUGACAAAUCAGAUUACCACACGGCUGAGCAAUGGCCUUGAUAUCCAGGCAGACCUGGUGUCUCCAGCUGAUGACUUGUCGCUGUCUGAAGUUUCAGGAGCCUCUGGGAGCAAGGACAGGCAUCCUGGCUAUGUGACAGCAGCACUGGGGAACACAUGGAGUCACAGCGUCAACACCAGGCUCAUACUACAGUAUCAUGACUUGCACACAAGACAGGUCCUGGUUGCUAAAUCUCCCGUUGCUCCAUUCUCAGCUUUUUUCUACACCAUUGAAAAUUCUGGUCUGGUUCUUCAAGAUGGAAAGGACCACCCAGAUGCCAGCUGGGAAGGCUCCAGUCCUGUACUGCAGGCCAUAAGAGUGAGGACCAAUAUCUUGAAAGAUGGCUUCCCCAGUUCCACUGCUGAGACCCUCAAGCUAGCACAACCCAUAUGAAGAAGAACGUGUCUCAGCUGGAGAGAAGCAUGACACAGAUAUUUUGCCAAAUGUGAUUUCUUUAAAUUCCUAUGAAGCAGUUUGUGGAAUUGCUUCUUCUUUUACCUCUGAACAGGGUGACUUUGAAUGUGGUUCUUGUUCUUUGUACAUGAGUAGCCAUAUUAUAUUUAGUGAUAUAAAAAUUCUGUGUUAGUUCUGGUUAAUUUAGGUGACAUGCUGAAGAAAGAUGCCGGAUUGGUGCUCUAAAAUAGGUACAGCUCAGGCUGUGGCAGCACAUGCAUCCCCAUCUUACCACGGCCCUGCCAAUGGGCUUCCUGACCUGGAAGACCCACUUCCAAGAGUGAGAGGAGAAUUCAGUUAG